GCGGCAAACGCCAGCUUCUCUCCAACGGCUGCUAUCCGGCUGCUAUCCCGCGCUGUCCAGGUCUGCAGAGAUGAAGGGCAUCUUCCUCCUCCUCCUCUCCAUCAGCCUCCUGCUUCUGGUUCAGAUGCAAACUGGCGUCUUAGGAAGUUCAAAUCCAAACAACUCCACCGCCUCUAAGGGCCCCAGCACCAAUGAGGCCGCAGCACUCAACAGCCUGGGUUGGGGCAGCCUUCUUCUCUUAGCCAACUCCUUCCUCCACCUCUUCUACCUCAGCUGAGGUGGCACGCCCCAGCCCCAGCCCUGUGCCCCCUGAGACAGCUGCCACCAUCCACCACUAGCAAGAGAGGGAUCUCUGGGAGGGAUGCGUGCCAGAGAUGACCGGGCUGUGGAAUUGACAUGCAGAGCUUGGAGGCAACACCCACAAGAAUGUGCGGAUGCACACCCCUUCCCCCUGGGCGGCAAUAAAAUGAUCUGUCC